AUGCCGCUAGGCCAGAUUGCGGGACCGGUAGGUAGUCCCGCAGGCGUAUGGCCUCGUCGGGAUUGGUUCCCCUCGCUCCUCGACAGCUCCCAGGCCAUCGGGUAUCUGCCGGACUCUCUGGGGGCGCAGGAUACUCUCAACUGGAUUCCUGUUAAUAUUCUGGCAGAGUUGGUUGCCGAUCUCGCGCUGACGGAAGAAAUGGGGGAGGAGACGACGUCUUACUACCAUUUCGUCAAUCUGCACCCGGCCAAGUGGGGGCAUAUUGCACCGAGCGUGAUUGCUGGGCUGCAAAGGGAGUGCAGAAUGACAAGCUUGUCUGGCUGGGUGAGGAGGCUCGAGGAUCAUGCAGCCAGAGCCGCGAAUUCCGGUAACCAGUCUUCACCGGGGGUGAAGUUGAUCGAGUUUUACAAGCCGCUUCAGGGUCCUCCGCUGGAGUUGGAGAUCUGUCAUACUCAAGAGGUAAAUCAUCGUCUGGAAAGCAUAUCCCCUGUGAAUGAGGAGUGGAUGCGGAUAUGGCUCGAGCAGUGGGCCUCUCACUAA